AUGGCUCAUAAAAGCCAAGCUGGUGGAACUGAGAAAAAUGGGUCGUUUUCCUCCAUCCUCUACUGUACGAGAGAUUUAAAAGAAGGAUCCCUGCAGUGGGUGCAAGAACCCCACAAUGGCCAAGUGCUCAUGGUGCUCAGCAUGGACAACAACUGCUCAGCCCCCUCCUUUGACAUGGAGCUUUGUGCAGAAAAACUGAAGUCCCUUGGGGUUCAGGUGGCAGCAGAUCAGUGUAGCAGGUUGAUCCAGGAUGCCAUCCUGAAGCCUGAAGUGAGACGGUACAUGUUCUACAACUCCAGGGCGUUCCAGAUAGCCAUCGCUGUGGUUUUGUAUGUGUCUCUCUGGACAAACAUUUACUCCACAAUCCAGCUGUCUUCCUUCCGACGCUACUGGGAGGCCAACGUGCUGGUGACCCUGGCUGCCCUGGCAGUCACCGUAGUUCUGAUUUUGAUUAUUAACCGUCACCAGAGGAAGAUAAAUAUGAAUACAGAUGUGAGGCUGGCAGCUGUCAACGAAAUCUUUAUCAACCAUGGUUUAAUACUGGGGAUUACAGAUGCCCUGGAUGGGCCACACAACAUCCUACAACUGUGGUUCGUGCGCUUCAGCCCGGAGAGCUGCCUCCAGUCCUUGUCAGCCCACAUCACGGACCUGCAGAGGAUGCGGGAGUCGGGCUUGCGGCACAGCCUGGACCAGCUCUGCGUGGUUAUGGAGGUGGCGGUUCAGCCCGACCCGGUGACAGAGGAGGAGGCUUCGCGUGAAGAGGCCCCGCGUGAAGAGUCCCCUCUUUUGUCCAAUGGAGCGAACCUGAAUAAAGAGUCUGUGACAUGCAACGAGCUGCUCCGCCUCGUUCCCGAGGGCCCGCCAGAGGUGAUGGCCCAGCAGCUCCUGGUGAUCUUCAGUGGAUGCUACGUCCGGCUCCUGGUCACUGGCCGGCUCCCUCGGGCCGUGGCGGGGGGGCACCUGAUGCAGAGCAACGUGCCCUGUCUCUGCCAGUUCAUCGAGACCACUGUGCUCAACACACACCAGAGCUGUUUCCAGGGCAGGUGA